UUGAAUUCAAUCGGAGACCGUUACGUUAGAGAUGAUAACCAGCCAGUAACUACCUCAUUGAUGGAUUCUUCUAUGACAAUGAAUUGCGAAAGGUUAAGCUUAUUAGAAAAGGAACUGGAAGCUAAAAAGCAGGAAGUUCACGAAAUGAGGAAUAAGAUUGCAGUAGCUGUUUCUCUGGAAGCCGAUUAUUUAAGCGAAAUCCAAGCAAUUCGUUUAAGUAACCUCGAAAAGGAAGCUAAAAUAAAAAAAGAGAUAAAAGUGGAAAACCUAGCCUUGAUAGAGGUUGAGAACAAGUUGGUACACCUCGAUCAACAUGACACACUAAUUAAAGAUUUAAUGUGUCAAAAACUUCAGUUGGAACUCCAGAUAACUGAAGUGGAUAAUCGCAGGGAAGAGCAAAGGGAGGCAGCUUUAAUGAUGCAGCGUGAUGCUGAAGAAGUCUCUAUACUUAUGCGUAAGGUCGUCGCCACACAAGAAGAAAUUGAUGCUCUAAACCAGGAAGCCACAUCAUUGCAGUCAAAAGAAAAAGAAUUAGACGAUCUUAUAGAAGAACAAAAAGAGAUUUUAACAUCAACUAAAGCCUUUGUAUCUCAAAAACGUGACGAAUUAAGUCUCUUACAAGAUAAGUAUAGCUCACUUAAAAUGGCCGUUGAGUCGGUUGACAGCGAACCACUGAAACUGCCAACGCAAGGGAAUUCGUUAUUUGCUGAGGUGCAUGACAGCGAAAUGAAACUGAGAGCAGGCUUGUCGCAAUUAGAAAAGUAUUACAUGAAGCUAGACAUAAAGCAUUCAUCUCUUGCUAAAGAACUGGAAGACCUACGUGUGAGUCUUGUGAAUCUCUGCGCUGGGCUCAAGGGAAUUCACGAACUUGAUAUUGAGGAUGAGACUAUUAAGCAGUUAAAAUCUGAACUUGAAAAAGUAAGAGCAGAAGGAGAAAACUAUAAAAGCCAAGUAAAAGAAAAAUAUCAACUGUUUGGUGAUAGUAACCCAGAUUCCACUACUCAAUACUUUACUGCUGUAAUAAUGGAGGCAUGGUUAGAAAUUGCCUCUGAUGUCAACGCUAUAAUUGGACUUUGUCUGGAGGGACUCGACGAGACCGUAAAGUUAACAACAGCAAAACAAGAAGAACGUACGAUGCAAAGAGAACUUGUUACAGACAAAGUAAAACUAGUCGAGUUGAGAGGAAAUUAUCGCAAGGCUGACCUUGCAAUGACUGAUGUUGCUAAAUAAAAAGUAUGCGAAUUGUGUACGUUAAACUUUCUUCCUAUAUCAAGGCUGACCUUGUAAAGUUUAAGUUUUGUUUUUCAUUUUCAAAUAAAUUUAUUUUGCAUUA